UCAAGAUGCUAAAAAAGGACAGCUGUGACAAUGAUGUGUAUUUAUUUUACAUAACUUUAAGACGCCUAAGUCAGUGCUACAGGGAGAUGGGAAAGCUGAUCGUGCCAAUGCCAACAACGUGUAACAACACAAGCAAAGUUGUAGGCCUACCGGAACGUUACAUCCGAAUAUCAUACCUGGACCGUACAGGACGACAAUAACAACUACCAAAUCCCUGCAUCAGUGCUCAGACUGUUUCCAAUAGGCUGAGAGAGGCUGGAUUGAGGUAAAUGUCUAAGAAUGAAGAGAGGAACAUCAAAUUAGCAUUUAUGGAAGUUUUGACGUCAACAAAGUGGUUUCUGAGGUGUUUGCUGAUGUCAUCAUGACACAGGACAAGGGGGCGAGAGAGAGAGAGAUAUGGAGAUGGAUAUGGGAGGGGUAGGAACGAUAGUGCGGCUCCUCUGACAUCAUAGAGGCUCUUAUAUACCGGGUGGAAUGGAGCCCGCCAUUCCUCACUUCACUUCUGAGAAAGCCAAGAGAAGACACAGCAAACAGCUUGAAUGUACAGAAAUUGUGGGGCUACUAACAACAUGCAGAUGCAGCUGACCUCCGUUAUGCUCCUUUUUUUAUUGUGUAAUGGACUAUGUUCAGAUAUAGACCAGGGAAAAAGGGCACUAGAGGAAGAUGUACUGAGAAGUCUCCUCUCUUCAAAGGUAAAGCAGGGCAAGCACAUCGCCCCCUUGUGGCAGCUGCCUCUACAGGAUGUGUGUAGGUUGGUGAACAGUCUCGGGGAGUCCUGGGGCAGCGAGGAGGAGCAGGAGGACACCGAGGUUCGGGCUGACUAUGAACAGAGGGUUUCGGGUACCCUCGCACAAAUGCUUAAGGAAAUGCAUAACCUCCAGAACUUCUGUAGGGUCCUGCAGCCUAGAGAGCUUCAAGAAGACCAAGAAUAUCUGGAGCUGGACAAAAACAGCGACAGUCCACUGAAGAGGAAAUCUCCCUAUAUACUAAAAAGGCAACUGCGCACCAAUAAAUCAAGACGGCCGUACAUUCUGAAGAGAAGUGUGUAUUACUGAUGCUCAAGACCCAUAGAUGGAAAGACAUUUUUACAUUCUGUGAAUAUGUGUCUGUUUUCACUGUCAUAGUAUUAUAUGUAGUAAUUGUAUGUUCUGUUUUAGCUAAACCUUUAUUUACUUAUAUGAUUCAGAAGUCAGUCCCUUCUUCUUCAUUAUGGGAUGGAUGAUGUAAAUAAAACGGCAGUCUAUUCAAGAGUUUAUUAUAUUUAUUUAUUUAUUAAAUGUAUUUUUUUUCCAAUGUAAUUAAAUCAUACUUAUUAAAACUAUUUAUGAUACAUCAAUUAUUAUUUCACGGAAAUAAAGAACAUUUAUGAAGGA